AUGCUUUACCCUAGGAACUUAGCCGUCGUUGCUUUGCUGGGGUUGUCAGCCGCCCAGGAAACUUACGACUAUGUUAUUGUUGGAGGGGGUGUGACCGGUCUCGUCGUGGCCAAUCGUCUGACCGAGGACAAGAACAAAUCUGUACUUGUCAUUGAAGCCGGAAGAGCAGACGACAACCCAAACAUCCGCAUGCCUUAUGGCGCCACAUAUGCUCUCAAUACCUCUCUUCUGUGGACAGACUACGUGUGCCAGCCAGAACCAUUCCUCGGGAAUAAGACAUGGAACACUCGUGUCGCGCGGAUUCUCGGAGGCGGGUCUCUCGUCAACGGAAUGAUAUAUGACCGCGGAUCAGCAGCAGACUACGAUGCAUGGGAGGCGUUGGGCAACAAGGGUUGGGGAUGGGAGGGGAUCUAUCCAUUUUUCAAAAUGGGAACAGAGUACAUCCCAGCUCCACAGGAGACUAUUGAUCAAGUCGGUAUUACUUGGGACCCCGAGGCCUACGGAAAAGGUCCAUUGAAGAUCGGCGUCACAGACACAGUAUACUCCGAUAUCACUGACUUUUUCGACGCCUUCCAGGGCACCGGUAAUGCGCAUGCCGCUCGCGAUGGAAACAACGGCGAGGCAUAUGGUACCUCAUGGUACCCCAACACCAUGAACCCCAGGACUGGCGAAAGAACGCACGCCCGUAACUCGUACUAUGAUCCGAUCAUGAGCCGGUCGAACUUGAAGGUCAUACUGGAGUGUCUCGCGACUGAAAUCGUGUUCGACGGCAAUAGAACCCUCACGGCGAAGGGCGUAAAGAUCACCGACAAGAAGACUAACUCGACAAAGACCUACUAUGCGAAGCAAGAGGUCAUCUUAGCUGCGGGUGCCGUAAACACACCAAAGCUUCUCCAGAACAGCGGCAUCGGACCAAAAGCUGCACUCGAGGCUGCUGGCAUCACCGUAAAGCUUGAACAUGACGGCGUGGGUUCGAAUUUCCAGGACCAUCCGUAUACUGGCGUUGGGUGGAAUGUCACUGGUGGCAGCACCCCGAACGGGUUCUCCCUGACCACAGACCCCGCUUACAAUGCUUCAGCGUGGGAAGAGUACCGUGCCAACAAGACUGGACCGCUGACCCAGGCUCGUGGCAACAGUCUAGCUAUGAUGCCGCUCCCGGUAUUGGAUCCCGAGAACUACGACAGUAUUGCGGACCGGGUGCUUGCCCAGGAGGAUGACGCGCAUUUGCCAUCGAUCUACAAGAACAAUGCGAAGCUGCUCAAGGGUGUCGCAGCACAGCGCAAAGUCCUCGCUGACAUAUUCCAAAACGAAAAGGCCGCUGUAGUAGAGUACCCCGUCCCAUCCUCAGGUGGCUACAUGCUUGUCGGCUUAGAGAAGCCGGUUUCCCGUGGAACCAUUAUGAUCAACGCGACCAACCCUCAAGGACCACCACAGAUCUUCUACAAUGCACUCAGCAACCCCAUCGACAAAGCGGUUCUUGCUGCGUGCGUCCGCUAUAUUCGUAAGGUUUGGGCGGGCCCAGAAUUGGCGAAGUACACCCCGGUCGAGACGACGCCGGGAGCCCAAUACACGACCGAUGAUGAGAUCAUCAACAAGAUGAUUGAGCAGGGAAGCAUUUGGCCGACACUUUCGCAUCCUUCUGGCAGCUGUGCUAUGUUGCCUGAGGAUAUGGGUGGUUGUGUGUCCGAUGAGCUUCUCUUCUAUGGCGUCGAGAAACUAUCCAUUGUUGAUGCUUCCAUCCUCCCUCUUAUUCCCUCCCAGCACAUCCAGUCGACAAUGUAUGCUGUCGGCGAAAAGGCUGCGAGCAUCAUCAAGAGCCGUGGCUGA